GUUGCAUUCCCCGCUUCAGGCAUCAUUCCAUAAUUCCAUUACCAUAAAAUACCAUUUCAAUCCUGCCAUUGCUGUAUUGUAUUGUUGAUACACAAUAAUAUUUUAUUGUAAAUGGAUUUUGAUCAAGAUUGAAAUAUGCUUAGCAUAAAUAUCGAAUAAAAAACUCUUCGUAUAGAACUGUGAGAAAAAUGUCAUGAAAUAAGACAUUGUGGGAGUUCGUCUACAUGUUAUUUGACUGUGUGCACAAAUAUUUUUUUCAUUUCUAAAGCAUAUCUGAUGACUAUAUUUCAAUAACAUGGCUGCGGAUCUGUGUCCAACUUUGGUUAUGAGACUGACAUCUCAGCAUAGAGCAAUCUACUGUUACUUGUUACUCAGUGCUUGGAUAUUUGUACUUCUGGGAGGCAUGUACAAAUACAUUGGAAGUGAGGAUGGUUCGGGUUCACUUGUGAGGCAUUCGACUGGUGAUUUCACAACCAGAAGCUUCUCGCAGAGUAUUCGACCCGACAUCAAAGCUAGAAGGGUGAUGAAGGUUUGCAAUCCACCAAACAUGAUCACGGCUGGCUCAGAAGGUCGUGUUAAGGGAAAUUACACUCUGGAGGGAGUGCUAGUGUUGAUCAGACAUGGAGACCGUGGGCCUUUGACUCAUGUGCGCAACAUAUCAUCGAUUGACUGUUCGUGUAGUGGAGCUCCCGAGUUGGUGUCGUAUGAAGCAUUUGUGGACAACCUGACGGGCACUGCAAUGCAGUACCAGCUGCUGGGGCCGUUCCACGGGUUUCCACUGCUGCCAGCCGCCGAAUGCGCGCUAGGCCAGUUGACUCGAGUCGGAGUCGCACAGUUGCUGGCCACUGGCAGACUGCUGCGGCGAGCCUACGCCGAGCGACUUGGCCUGACCAAUGUGACUGUGGCCGCAUACAGCACGCGCUACCGACGCACGCUGCAGAGUGCGCUCGCUCUGCUCUACGCGCUGCUCACGCCUCAAGGCCUGCACGGCGUCACACUCAAGGAGAGCCAGAGCAUGUCGUUCUGCUUCGACGACUGUGCUUGUCCGGCAGCUGACAUCCACAACAAGAAGUUUGUCUCCGAGCUUUCGGGGCGCCUCAAGUCGCAUCCAGCUGUUGCCAAGCUAGUGCGUUCGUCCGCAUCAGUAGUCUACGAGAUGACCGACAAACACCUCUCGUCCGACCCGUACGCCCUGAAGGACGCCCUGCUGACCUAUGUCUGUCACAAUGCUCGUCUGCCCUGCUCCGACCUCUACUCGCCAUCCGAUGUCUGUGUGAGGACCGAGCAUGUCACCGGCCUCUUCGCCUACAUCGAAUGGGAGACCCGGCAGCAUCCCAAGAGUGCCAGUCUCAAGCGUGUCUGUCUGCUUCGUGCCUAUGGACUGCUCAAGAAUAUUGUUGUCAAUAUGUUGCGGAUAAUGUCGGAGAAAAAACCAAAAAUUGUUGUAUAUUCCGGCCAUGAUAAGACUAUUCUCUAUCUAGCAACGGCUCUUGGCAUAGUAUCGGAUACAACGUCGUCGCCUCACUAUGCAUCACGUUUUGUCAUUGAGGUAUAUAGAAACAAUGACUCGAGCACAAUGUCAGAAUCGGGGCCAAUGGGAAGCGAUUACUAUUUUCGCGCCGUUUACAACGGCAAAGACCUGACUCAGCGGAUCCACUUCUGCCGUUCCACUUCUGCCAGCGACAGUCCAGCUCCCAGUGAGAGUGCCCAAAAGAAGCCCGCUCUCUGUCCGGUCGAAUCAAUCAUUCGAUUCCUCCACGAUGAUUAUUUUUCGUCUUUUAACGUCACCAAUCUAAAGGACGCCUGCAUAAUCCAUGAUUGACUUUCUGCAUCAACUUGAUAAACGUUGAAAGCAAUUUGUGUCCAGUUUCUGCGGUGAAAUUCACUAACGACACUUCGCCAAAGACUUACUGAAUGAAACAAUUUAGAGGGACGAUGCAUAUUUCUCCUGGAAAGCGGUGGCUUAGUUCAUGCUGAGGAGGAAUUACUCAACGUGAACGCCUCGCAACAUAUUCCUUGCAGGGAGAGAUAUCUACCGUUUGUCAACUGCUGCGAAGGUAUGUGUCGAUUCCUGUAGCUGCGUGUGGGGCAGUCAAUUGAACAGAAGCUCCGUCCUCAACGACCGAGUGCAGAGUUCAGUAAGGAACAUCUUAUGAAACUAUGUAUGUUGGCCAAAAUCAAUUCGAUCUUAUAGGCCAUUACAUAGCAAUCCUAGUGAAUCUUCUUCACCAAUCAAGGUAAACAAGCCUAUCCAGAGUGGAAUUCUACAAUGGAAAUUGUAGCAGCAACUAUUUUGCUUUUCUGAUCUUUAACUUGGGAAAAUUACUGCAAUUUGAUCUAUAUCUUGGCUGAAGAUGUUCAGUGAAUAGGCUAAUAUAACAUUUUCUCUAAACCCUGGUUAAUAAUCUAUAGAUGACGAUUAUGGAAUUUUAUUAUUGUUCUGCAAUUUUUGAACAUAUGACGUGAAAUUUCUUCAUUGAACUGUAGGACUGUAAUCAUCAUCAGAUUAACCAUAAAUCCGAUUUAAUUAUAUUUGUCUGAACGAUAGAAAAUAAAUUCAAACUCGGAUAAUUUUCAAAUAUUACUAGCCGAAAUGUGUUCUUUGCAAUAUUUUUAUCAAGCUGCUAGUAGAAUAUCUCAUAAUACUAGAUUAAUUGCUAUUCCUUAAGACAUCAAUACAAUAUUACAUUAUUGAUCGGAGUUCCCUGGUCUGUUUGGUGAUUUGUGAUUGAAUUGAGUAUGAAUAGGAUGCUCAGCUAUGACUAAUAUGUGAUUGCAUUAUUCAUGUGUUAUUACUGUUGGAUAUUAUUCAUAAUGUAUUGAUCAUUAAUUAAUUUACUACUCAUUAUGGAGUUAUACAGAAUGAUUUGUGGGAAACGGUCGUUUUUUGAAUGAGUUGUACAAGAUAGAAUUAUUUUUGUUACAAAAAGAACAUUUCUUACCAUUUCAUGGACAAGAAAAAUAAAAAUUCCCAAAUUCUCAUCACAGAGUCAUAAGUCAUUUUCAAAUAACGUGUUUGUUUGCGCGAAAAUUCAGUCAAAACUUCUUAUUAUUGCUGCACUCACACUAGCGAUGCUUUCAGGCACCCUUCUUGUUCCAAACUUCCACUUGAAAGUCAAUAGUCAAAUACCUGCCUGGCAAAUAUAUGUAUGCAACGUAGCCGAUUUUUUGUUUCGUGGUGGAAUAAGAACUCUUGAGUUAAACGACUCUCUGAUGAAUGAUUUAUCCAUACAGUUGAAACCAUCAAAAUUUUAAUAGAUGAAUCUAGGCUGAAAAUAUACCAUACCAAAAUUAAAUCAUAUGGGACAUUGAUGUUUUUACUGGCCUGGCAUGAGUUGUGAUGUCAUUAACAGUGGCUGCUAGUAAAAUUGGACGAAAAUUUGCCUGGUCCAAAAGUAAAUGCCCUAUGUUGAAUCAUGCUAUUUGAAACGUGCCAUUUUUAGUAAAAUUGGUUGAAUGGAAGACAUUGAAUUCACAGACAUUGCUGAAUUAAAAAUAAAUUGUAUCUGGUAUUUUUAACUUCCAAGUUAGAUAGAUAAUUUAUAGAUAAGGUAGACAGAUAGAUAGAUUAAGGUCGACUUCUACUCAAGGGGGAUUGAGGAAUUCAGAAUCAAUAGUAAAAAUUGCAAGACUAUAAUCGAUACACCUGAAGAAAUAUUUUCUAGAUUUGGUAUUUCAAAACGUAUGAUUCCUGACAGUAUGCCAUUCAUACUGAUCUCAGGGGCUUGGAGUGACUUAGUCCAAGUCCUACUUGUUCACCCCAUUGGUAGAAAAAGUUCUCUGUUGACAAAUUUCACAAUCCAUUAGUAUUCAGCUAUGAUUUUAUUCUACAUAAAAUAUACACUAAUAAUUACAUAUUAAUCAAUUAUUAAAUCAUUGAUGUUUUCCAAGUUGCUUCUCUCAUAGUAUGUUUUCAAUCUUUCGAUAUGUACAAUUUCUUGGUGCGAUUAUCCACGCCCUGAGUUUAUUAUUUUAAAGUUCUGAGGGUGAUAAUUUUUUUACAAGAGUUUGGUUGUGUGUGGGUAGGCAACUAAACAUUUGUUCCUGGUAGAAUAUUUAUGUCUUAGCCUUUUCAAUGAUUGCAAAAUCACAAUCUUUGAAGUUAGGUUUCAUAACUUGCAUACAUUCUGCAUGAAAUUGUUGUUGCUGAUUGUGGCUUGUAUAACUGUUCUAAUAACUUCACUUUCAACUCCAAGUCUCUAUUCAGUAUACAUCCAUCAUACAUACAGUUUUUGGAGCAUGUAGAAUCCUUGAAAAAUAUUGAAAGGAGAGCAGAUUAGAAUACGUAAAAUACCAACAUUAAUAAUAUUCAGGUAAAGAAUAAAAUAGUUAUUUUCCUCCACC